UUGGCUCGUCGUACAAAUGCCACCUUCAACAAAGUGGUUUUGAGACAUCUGUUCAUGAGCCGCAUGAACAAGCCACCCCUUUCUCUGUCCCGUUUUAGAUUUGUAAGAUGAAGCUUCCUGGACGUGAAAGCAAAACUGCUGUGGUGGUUGGAUGCAUCACAGAUGAUGUCCGAAUUCAAGAUAUCCUCAAACUCAAGGUGUGCGCGCUUAAAGUGUCUUCUGGAGCACGCAGAAGAAUUCUUAAAACUGGUGGACAAAUUUUGACAUUUGACCAGUUGGCUCUUGCUGCCCCCAAAGGCCAGAACACUGUUCUGCUUUCAGGUCCUCGCAAGGGACGGGAGGUGUACAGACACUUUGGAAAGGCACCUGGUACUCCACAUAGUCACACCAAGCCCUAUGUCUGUUCUAAGGGCAGAAAGUUUGAGCGUGCUAGAGGUCGUAGAGCAAGCAGAGGAUACAAGAACUAAACACUGUCUGUGCUUUGUACUCAUUAAAGAUGUUAAAUCUUCAAAAAAAA